CCUUCCACUUCAAAUCUACAUUCAUGAACAUAUUAAGUAUUAACUCUGUUUUAUUGUUACCAUUAAUAUUAUAUCAUGUUGUUCAUUCAAAAGAGUUGAUAAUCAGGAACCAGUGCGAUGAUCCAGUUUGGCCAGUAGCAAAAUCAAAUAGCGACGGCACACCGUGGCUGCUUCCGACAACUACAGGUGGCUUCGUCCUCCAGCCCGGUCAGUCCAACACCAUGUAUGUUCCGCCUUCCUGGUCCGGUUCCCUAUGGGGCCGAACUCAAUGCAACAUCGAAGACUCCGGCGCCUUCCAUUGUCUCACCGGAGACUGUGGGUCCUACAAGGUAGGAUGUGGUAGUAAAAGCGACUUGUUGAAGCCGGCCUCAACCAGCAUAGCGUCGUUCACGUUGAACGCAACAGAUGGGAUGGACUAUUACGAGGUAAGCUUCAAAAACGGAUAUAAUUUACCCCUUAUGGUGGCUCCCGUGGAUAGGGGACGUGUUGUAGAUGAUGAACAUCACUGUACGACCGCUGGGUGUGCUGUGAAUUUGAUCAGCUUCAAAAACGGAUAUAAUUUACCCCUUAUGGUGGCUCCCGUGGAUAGGGGACGUGUUGUAGAUGAUGAACAUCACUGUACGACCGCUGGGUGUGCUGUGAAUUUGAUCAGCUCGUGCCCACCGGAGCUUCGGUACAGCGAUGAGAGCUUGGGGUGUAAGAGUGCAUGCCAGGCCUUUGCGGAGCCCAGCUUUUGUUGUAGUACUGCAGCUGCUUGCAAUUGCAGCCAUAACCGCUAUACAGACUUCUUCAAGCAAGCGUGUCCCAAGGCUAACAGCUUCGCUAAUGACAAAACCAGCACCUUUUCAUGCCCUUUGCAGCAAGAUUUCGUCAUCAUUUUUUGUCCUUCCUCUUCAACCACUAGAUCAACCAGUCCAGAUUAUAAUUUGCACACAGAAUCGGAGUCGGACUCACAAGGAAAAAUCAAUAAUAAUUCUAAGAAAAGGAACAAGUACAAAAUGCCGGCACUCAUCUCUGGGGCUUUGGCUUUGUUAGGAACAUUGUCGACUGCACUCUGGUGGUUCAAUGCAGCAGGAUCCACGAAUUGUUGCCAAAUUAAUUUCUUCUUUAACAGUUUAAGAAUAGAAGGGAUCGCAGAUGUGGCGUUUCGGAGAGAAGGUGACGAUAGAGAAAUUGAAAGAGAAGGGGAAAUUGAAAUAGCCGUAGCCGAAUCUGACGUGGAAAAUAAUCCACAUGGCAUGGAAUGAUAUGCAGGAGUUCCUAACUCUUGGGCAGAGUAGUUGUAAUUUUUCCCACAUUCAAAUGUACUGUCCUGGUUUUUCAAUAUAUAUAUAUAUAUAUAUAGGGGGUCAAACGGGGUGCACCUUG